CGGGAAGAGGAGCCGCUCGGGAGGGAGACGCCGGGAAUAAGGAGCCUCUUGGGACGCAGACGCCGGGAAAAAAGGGAAAAGCGGAGCCAGGAGGGAAACACCGGGAAAAGAGGAGCCAGGAGGAAGGGAGACACCGGGAAAAGAGGAGCCAGGAAGGAGACACCAGGAAAAGAGAGAAAAAAGGAGCUAGGAGGGAAGGAGACACCAGGAAAAGAGAGAAAAAAGGAGCUAGGAGGGAAGGAGACACCAGGAAAAGAGGAGACAGGAGGAAGGGAGACACCGGGAAAAGAGGAACCAGGAGGAGGGAGACACCGGGGCGAGGAGGCGCUCGAGGGGCUCUGCGAAAGAGGAGCCGGGAGGGCGCCCCCGGGGAGGGCCCGAGCCCCGCGAUGGAGGCUCCGCAGCCCUCGGGCAGCCCCGGGGGGCGGCGGGGCGGCGGCACGGCGCGGCCGCAGUCCUACCGCAGCCCCAGCGGGGUGUUGGUCACCGACUUCCCGCUGGAGGACCGCGGGGCGCGGGUACCCAACGGCUCCGUCCCACCCGCGGCUGCUCCUCCGCGGGUCUCGCCGCCGCCGCCGCCCAGCCCGCAGCGCCCCCGGGCCGCGUCCCCGCCGCUGGGAGAAGCCGCUCGGGAGCCGCAGAAGGCGGUGCCGAACACCGUGGUGCUGAGCACCCACAGCCCCGCGGCGCUGAAGGUGGGCACGCGGCAGAUCAUCCCCAAGAGCUUGGCUGCCGACGGCAAGGCCGCCAAGAGCCCGCGCGCCGAGGCCGGCAGGAGGGCCCUGAAGGCGCGCAGCAUGGUGGAGAGCAUCGAGGCGCCCUUGGCCGGCGGGGAAGAAGAGGCUGACGGGGACCUGGAGAGCCCCGGGAGCCUGCGGCGAGGGCUGCGCUCCACGUCCUACCGCAGAGCCGUGGUCAGCGGCGUGGAUUUGGAUGGUUCUUCCAACCUGAAGAAGAAGAACAGGAUGUCCCAGCCCGUGCUCAAAGCGGUUGUUGAAGAUAGAGAGAAGUUCUCCAGCCUGGGGAGGAUAAAGAAGAUGAUGCUGAGAGGACAAGGGACAUUUGAUGGGGAAGAAAACGCUGUAUUAUAUCAGAACUACAAAGAAAAAGCUCUGGACAUAGAUUCCGAUGAAGAGUCUGAGCCUCGAGAGCAGAAAUUGCAUGAAAAGGUUGUUUUUCACCAUAAGCCCCUGAGGUCAACGUGGAGUCAGCUCUCUGUUGUAAAGAAGAAUGGAUUAUCAGAAGCGAUCAGCCAGGAAGAAAGAAAAAGACAGGAGGCAAUAUUUGAAGUGAUCUCUUCUGAGCAUUCUUAUUUACUGAGCUUGGAGAUUCUGAUCCGGUUGUUUAAAAACUCCAGGGAACUGAGCCUCACAAUGACCAAAACAGAGAGCCAUCACCUUUUCUCCAAUAUCACAGAUGUUUAUGAAGCAAGCAAAAAAUUCUUUAAAGAACUCGAAGAGAGACACCAGAACAACAUCUUCAUUGAUGACAUUAGUGAUAUAGUUGAAAAGCAUGCUUCUUCAACAUUUGAUCCAUACGUAAAAUACUGCACUAAUGAAGUCUACCAGCAGCGAACACUGCAGAAGUUAAUAGCCACAAAUCCAGCAUUUAAAGAGGUGUUAUCACGGAUCGAGUCCCAUGAAGACUGCCGGAAUUUGCCAAUGAUCUCUUUCCUCAUUCUUCCUAUGCAGAGAGUUACUCGUCUUCCCUUAUUAAUGGAUACUAUUUGUCAGAAAACUCCCAAGGAUUCCCCAAAAUAUGAGAACUGCAAGCAAGCUCUAAAAGAAGUGAGCAAGUUGGUGCGUUUAUGCAACGAAGGAGCUCGGAAGAUGGAGAGGACAGAAAUGAUGUACACAAUUAACUCCCAACUGGAAUUUAAAAUCAAGCCAUUUCCAUUGGUUUCCUCUUCACGAUGGUUACUGAAGAGGGGUGAGUUAACAGCGUAUGUAGAAGACACUGGACUGUUCUCCAAAAGAACUUCCAAACAGCAGGUGUACUUCUUCCUCUUCAACGACGUCCUCAUUAUCACAAAGAAGAAGAGCGAGGAGAGUUACAAUGUCACCGAUUAUUCCUUAAGGGAGCAUUUGGUGGUACAACAAUGUGACAGUGAGGACCCCACUUCUUCUCCUGUGAAGAACACUUCGGCAAUGCUCUACUCGCGGCAGAGCUCUGCGAUUCACCUCUUCAGGCUGGCCGUCCUCAGCAACCAUGCAGGAGAGAGGAUGGAGAUGCUCCUGGGAACAGAGACUCAGAGUGACCGAGCUCGCUGGAUUGCAGCGCUGGGACAGGACAGAGACGGACAGAAAACGGACAGGACAACUUUGACUCAGGUAGAGAUCAUCAGGACUUACACAGCAAAGCAGUCAGACGAACUCUCUCUUCAGGUCGCUGAUGUUGUUCUGGUUUAUCAAAAAGUAAACGAUGGUUGGUAUGAAGGGCAACGACUGCGGGAUGGUGAGAGAGGCUGGUUUCCCAUGGAGUGUGCUAAAGAAAUCACAUGUCGUGCCACAAUUGACAAGAACAUGGAGCGGAUGGGACGCUUGCUUGGACUUGAGACCAACGUGUAGGCAGCUGUUGCUUCUUCACGCACUACUGCCCAUGGUCUGCACUACCUGUGGUCGGGAGGGUGUUUGCACACCCCGUGGCUCCUCCGUGGAAGAUGUUGGAUCACAGAUGUGAAAAAUACAGUAACAGAGCACUGAUGUUUGUGGUACUCCUUUUCUGACUUGUGUUUUGAGAGCUCUGAUCGGAAACCUGGCUUGACCAGUAGCAGAUGUCAACUAGAAGUACUUUCUUAGGCACUGGAGACCCAGCCAGGCAGUGCUUUGACGCAUGUUCCAGUUGCAGCUGUAGUUCCUCCAUCCCUGCCUCUCUUCUCUUCUGCCCCAACCAUUCCUUCUCCAUCUGUUUUUGAGCAUUUUCAUUUUUCUUUCGGCAAUAUUAUAAGCUAUGGAUUUUCUCUUUCUUGGAACCAUUUUAGCAAAGGUAUUUUGAAGAAGUAGAACUGCUGGAAAUGUGUCCAUUUUGUUUCAGCUUUCCCCCUGCAUUUAACGAGGUCUUCCUACUAAAUUAUUGCUUUAGAGACAGGGUUUUAGGCAAGGACUGCAGAAAACAUGAAAUACUUUGUUUGGGGGCCGGGGGGUUGUUGUUUGCUUUUUUACUCUUUCUGCUCUUCUGUACUAGAGGAGAGUAAUUAUUUCCUUCUGUGGAGGCAAAAAGUUCAACUGAACCUCAGUUUAACCUACAUCUUUAGCAUUUGUUAGGAUCCUGGUGAAUCCACAGGCAAAAAAGGUGAGGGAGAAGUAAGAAGUUGGAUAAGGUGCCGGGUCUCGUUGCCACUGUAUAUAGAAAUGGCAAGACCACAACCUGGAAGCAGAUAGCCCAGGCCUGGGUUAGUUUGGGAUUUUAUCAUCUUUGCCUUCCUGGCAGCACCGUGACCCGAAAUCAGUGGCUGCUUCAAGUGAGAGAGGAGGAAGAGGGAAGAGAGGGACAGGUAAAAUAGUACCCGGCGCCUGCUGUCAGAGGAACGUGCGCUGGUGCUGCUUCCCACGUGCUCUCCUCAGCUUUAGAGAAGACUCUCACAAUUGCACUACACACACCACCUGCAAAAUGUUUGCGUCCGCAGUUUAGCUUUGGAAUUUCACAGAAACCCAUAAGAAAUGAAGUAUCCUUCAGUGCACCCCUUCUGUAGAUAGGUGGGACUGUUCAUACUAUAGAAAUUCCUCACCUCGUUAAGGACCGGCUGCUAACUCAGCAGAGUAGAAUAUAUCUUCCAUACAAAUGAGGGAAAAACUCACAGUACCAAGGCUUUCUGCUUGUUGCAUUCCCCGAUUUUUUUGACGUUUAGAUACUGUUAAUAUGUUGAUUCAAUUUGUGACUGAAUUGGAUGUUUAUAAAGAAGUAUUUCUGUAACAAUUUAAAAUACAGUAAGGCAGCAAUAAUUUUGUACAAACACUUAAACCUUGACAGUCUGGCAGUGGUUAUACAGCCUUGUAAAUUAAUUUAUAAGUGGACUGAUAAAAUAGUAAUGAGAUAAAUUGUAAAUUGAACAAAGACUUAUUUAACAUAGUAAAAAUACUGCUAAUAUUUUAAGAAAUGUUUUGUACACAGACAGAUGUUUAACAACUGAAUGUAUAAAUCCAGACAUUAAUUUUAUUCAGAUGUUUUUAAUACACUGUAUAUAUUUUUUCAUGCCUAGUUUUUCAAAAAAUGCUGUAAUGUUUUUUAAAGACACUUUUCAUGUUUCCUAUUGUCAGACACGGUUCUUCAGGAAUUAAAGACUUCUAUGAUUUUAUAGGACAACAAUCAAUAA